AUGAGACCAUCUUCAAGAAUCGCCAUACUCACAUUGCUAAUCGCAUCAAUCACAUCUGCUAUUGUUGCUCCGCUAUAUGGCCAAGCUGAAGUAUACCAUGUAAUACAGGAGAAAAUGUACCAACCUGCCGAUAUGGCUGGUGAAAAUAUCGCAAAGACAUUUGCUGGUGGGGACCCACCUGCCAUGAGGACAAGUGCGCUAGAAUCGAUAAACACAUCUGCUUCUACAUCCGUCAAUGGAACGAGUGCUGAACCGAGUGCUAGCAGCGUUUCCAAUGGGAGUGUCGUUAUGAUACCAGCGUGGAUUUCCAUAAUAUACCUCAUAGUGAAUGCACUUUUAUCUAUAUAG